AUGUCUUCUACCAAAUAUUAUAAUUAUCAUUUCAUUGAUGUGUCUCUUUAUAUCUAUCUAUCUAUCUAUCUAUCUAUCUCAGUCUCUUUAUAUCUAUCUAUCUAUCUAUCUAUCUAUCUCAGUCUCUUUAUAUCUAUCUAUCUAUCUCAGUCUCUUUAUAUCUAUCUAUCUAUCUCAGUCUCUUUAUAUCUAUCUAUCUAUCUCAGUCUCUUUAUAUCUAUCUAUCUAUCUAUCUAUCUAUCUAUCUCAGUCUCUUCAUAUCUAUCUAUGUAUAUAUCUCCAUCUCUUCCUAUCUAUCUAUCUAUCUAUCUAAAGCUGUUCAUUAUCUAUCUAUCUAUCUAUCUAUCUAUCUCAGUCUCUUCAUAUCUAUCUAUGUAUAUAUCUCCAUCUCUUCCUAUCUAUCUAUCUAUCUAUCUAUCUAAAGCUGUUCAUUAUCUAUCUAUCUAUCUAUCUAUCUAUCUAAGUCUUUUCAUAUCUAUUUAUCUCAGUCUCUUCAUAUCUGUCUCAGGCUCUUUAUAUCUAUGUAUAUAUAUAUAUAUCUCCGUCCCUUCAUAUCUAUCUAUCUAUCUAUAUAUAUCUCCGUCUUUUCAUAUUUAUCUAUCUAUAUAUAUAUAUCUCAUUCUCUUCAUAUCUGUCUAUAUAUAUAUAUAUACCUCCAUCUCUUCAUAUCUAUCUAUCUAUCUAUCUAUCUCAGUCUUUUCAUAUCUAUUUAUCUCAGUCUCUUCAUAUCUGUCUAGAGCCCUACAGUCCCACAAGCUUGUGUGA